AUGGUGGGAAUUGGUCCCCGGCGCCCGCCCUCCCGCAAGGGAUCCAUGGCCGAUGUGCCCAAGGAUCUCUUGCAGCAGAUCAAGGAAUUCGAGGACCUCUUCACGGUGGACCGCGCCAAGCUGAAGCAGAUUGUUGACCACUUCGUCAAGGAGCUGGAGAAAGGUCUCAGUAAGGAAGGCGGGAACAUCCCGAUGAAUGUCACCUGGGUGUUCGGCUUCCCUUCGGGUGACGAGACCGGAACCUUCCUCGCCCUCGACAUGGGCGGCACCAACCUGCGGGUUUGUGAAGUCGUCCUGACGGAGGAAAAGGGCGAGUUCGACAUCACCCAGUCCAAGUACCGCAUGCCGGAGGAGCUCAAGACCGGCACGGCGGAGGAGCUGUGGGAGUACAUCGCCGACUGCUUGCAGCAAUUCCUGGAAUACCACCACGAGGGCGAGAAGCUGGCCAAACUCCCGCUGGGCUUCACUUUCUCCUACCCCGCGACACAGAACUACAUCGACCACGGCAUCCUUCAGCGGUGGACCAAGGGCUUUGACAUUGAUGGCGUCGAGGGCCACGACGUUGUUCCCCAGUUCGAGGAGGCUUUGAGAAGAAGAGGUCUCCCCAUUAAAACCACUGCAUUGAUCAACGACACGACGGGCACACUCAUCGCGUCCGCCUAUACCGACCCCGAGAUGAAGAUUGGCUGCAUCUUCGGCACCGGGGUCAAUGCGGCGUACAUGGAGAAUGCUGGGUCGAUCCCUAAGAUCGCCCACCUGAACCUGCCGCCCGAGACCCCCAUCGCAAUCAACUGCGAGUAUGGCGCCUUUGACAACGAACACGUCGUGCUGCCACGCACGCAAUACGACAUCAUCAUCGACCGGGAUUCGCCCCGCCCCGGGCAACAGACGUUCGAGAAGAUGACGGCUGGUCUGUACUUGGGCGAGAUCUUCCGACUGGCUCUGAUUGAUCUCAUCGACAACAAGCCGGGUCUGAUCUUCGAAGGGCAGGACGUGUCCAAGCUGCGCAAGCCGUACUCGCUGGAUGCGUCUUUCCUGGCGGCCAUUGAGGAGGACCCGUUCGAGAACCUGCAAGAGACGCAGGAGCUGUUCGAGCGGGUGCUGCAGAUCAAGCCGACCAAGCCCGAGCUAGAGAUGUGCCGCCGACUGGCGGAGCUGAUUGGCACGCGAGCAGCGCGACUGUCGGCGUGCGGUGUGGCCGCGAUCUGCAAGAAGAAGAACAUCGAGUCGUGCCACGUCGGGGCGGACGGGUCGGUGUUCACCAAGUACCCGCACUUCAAGGCGCGGGGCGCGCAGGCGCUGCGGGAGAUCCUGGACUGGAAAGACGAUGAGAAGGACAAGGUGGUGAUCCUGCCGGCCGAGGAUGGAUCCGGUGUGGGCGCGGCGCUGAUUGCGGCUUUGACGCUGAAGCGGGUCAAGGAGGGCAAUCUGGUGGGCAUCCGGGACAAGGGAUCCAUGGAGACGAUGCUGUAG